AAACUAAUCAACGACACAACAUAACAACCACCAUUCUCUUUCUUUUCUUUUUGUUUUGUUCUCCGCUUCCAUCUGUUUCCCUUCCUCCUGAAGGGGAAGACUUGAAAGAACAGAACAGUCCCUGCCUGAAGCAAUUCAGGAGGCCGACAUUGAUUCUCUGUAUCAAAAGGAUCCUCCAAACUAAUUAACACAAGUUACACUCUUUUUCCUACUUCACUUCAUCAUGACAUUCCUGAUUCUGAUCCUCUUUCUUCUGUCUUUUCCACUGCUUUCCCUUUCUGCUCCUCGGAAGCCACCUCCUCUUCCCAUUCUCCCCAUCCCCUCUGCUUCCCAGCUUCAAUGGCAACUCCCCCCCAUGGCUAUUUUCUUCCACUUCGGACCCAACACCUUCACCGAUUCAGAAUGGGGCUCUGGCCAUGAUGACCCCUCUGUCUUCAACCCCACCCUAUUGGAUGCCUCCCAGUGGAUCCGAGUUGCUAAGGAUGCUGGGUUUUCUCGCGUGAUCCUCACUGCUAAGCACCAUGAUGGGUUCUGCUUGUGGCCCAGUGAGUAUACGGAUUACUCUGUUAAGGCCAGUCCGUGGAAGAACGGGGGCGGCGAUGUUGUGGCGGAGCUGGCUGCGGCGGCCAAGGAGAGUGGAAUUGGGUUGGGACUGUAUUUGUCCCCGUGGGAUAGGCAUGAGGCGUUGUAUGGGAAAACUGUGGAAUACAAUGAGUUCUACAUGGGGCAGAUGACUGAGUUGUUGACUAGGUAUGGAGAGAUCAAGGAAGUGUUUUUGGACGGUGCAAAAGGGGAAGGAGAGAAGGACAUGGAGUAUUACUUUGAUUCUUGGUUUAGUCUCAUCCAUCAGCUCCAGCCGGGGGCUGUAAUCUUUUCCGAUGCCGGUCCUGAUACCAGGUGGAUUGGGGACGAGGCUGGUGUUGCUGGCUCUACUUGUUGGUCUCUUUUCAACAGAAGUAAUGCAAAGAUUGGCGACACUGAUACCAGAUACGCUCAGGGAGGAGAUGAACUAGGUCAUGACUGGGUACCCCCUGAGUGUGAUGUAUCCAUCAGGCCUGGUUGGUUUUGGCAUGCAUCCGAAAUUCCAAAGUCUCCAUUGAAGCUUCUUGAUAUAUACUACAAAUCAGUUGGCCGGAACUGCCUGCUAUUGCUAAACGUGCCUCCUAAUUCUUCAGGGCUCAUAUCCAGUGAGGAUAUAGAAGUGCUUCAAGGAUUCAAGGAGCUCCGGAGGUCUAUAUUCUCCAAUAAUAUGGCCAAGAAUGCUAUCGUUAAUGCCAGCAGCACAAGGGGAGGCUAUGGUAAUUCUCAAUUCAGUCCUCAAAAUGUUCUUGGAGAAGGCAUUUACACUUACUGGGCUCCAGAGGAGAAACAAUCCAAUUGGACCUUGUGUUUAGACUUUCAGGGAACGGUAAGUUUCAAUGUCUUGCAAGUUCAGGAGCCAAUUCAUAUGGGACAGAGAAUCGUAGAGUUCCAUGUUGAGAUCUUAAAUAAGUGUGGAUGGAAGAGAGUGACUAACGGCACCACGGUUGGACAUCAAAGGUUGUUGCAGUUUCCGACAGUUGAAUCUCGGUAUCUCAAGUUUGUUGUUGACAAGUCUCGGGCGGAUCCUCUCAUUUGUUUUCUGGGGAUUUACAAGGAUCAGUUUUCUAUUUUGGGCAACAUUCCCAAUGCAACUUCAUGGAACUACGUAAAUGGCAGUCAAGUUCUAAAGCAAAUUACACACAAUCAUUCUCAAAUUGAAACUGCAGCAAUACAGUCUAUGUAAUUGUAAUUUGUAAAGAUAAUUGUUUGGAUCUUGGCUGAUCUCACAAAAUGAAGAAAAAAAGGUUCGGAUUACAAAAAUGCACUGUACCUUAGCUUGAAAUAAAUUCUAAGAGACUCU